AUGGGCUCUGCAAAUGUGCGGCCACAGGUCAACGGGAUGGCCAUUGCUUCUCCGGCACUUUCAUCAAAGGGCGGCGAGAAGGCCCCGGGGUUUUUGUUGAGCGUUGAGCUCCGCGCAGGAGGAGGCCUCGCGGUUCAUCAGGGGGAGUGGCGAGGUUGUUUUCUUCAUGGUCCCUGUCGGUCUCUUCUUCUCCCAGAGCGCCUUUUAAUUUAUUCAGAGUUCAAAUGCGGUAAAAGACUGCAAAUCAGGGGGCCCGUACCUCUACAAUCAGCCGGGGGCCCCCUUCAUGGGGGCCCCCUUCAUGGGGUACCCCCUUAUGGGGGCCCCCUUCAUGGGGGCCCCCUUUAUGGAAGCCCCCUUCAAGGGGCCCCCCUUUAUGGGGGCCCCCUUUAUGGGGGCCCCUUUCAAGGGGCUCCCCUUCUGGGGGGCCCUCCUAUGGGGGCCCCUCAAGGGGGCCCCCUUCAGGGGUCCCCUGAUGAUGAGGGGGCCUUGGGGGGCCCCCAGGUAGAGGGAGAAGGGGACCCCGAUAAAAGGGUACAGGAAGGUCAGCAGCAACAGUAUGCUCAAGAGAUGACACAGAGGGGCCCCCAGGGGGCCCCCCAAACCCUCAACAGCAGCGGAAACAGCAGCAGCCUUCCCCUGAACGGCACUGCAGUCCAUGCACAUUCUGCUGCUGCUGCUGCUGCUGCUGCUGCUGCUGCUGCUGCUGCUGCUCGGUCUCCGUUGUCCGUUGAACCAGAUGGAGAAACCACCGAGUUGAGCUGGCCAGAAGAAGCAGAAGGCCUAAUUGCGCUAAUAGGCAUUUCGGGAGUUUGUGAGGGAAGUAUAUCGUUUGACUCUGCUGCCUGUGCUAUUGGAGAGGAGUUUCUUUGCCUCACCCCGACGCAGCUGAAGCGCGACUUUGGGUUGGGGACAUUUGGAGGCAGAAAUAGGGUGAUGAUGUUUGUGAAACUCCUCAGGUUGCAGGCCUCUCGUCGUCGCCGCAUUCACCGUUUGUUUUUAAGCUCUUCGUCAGGCGUUCCUCUUGGCCCGCAAGCCUCUUCUUCUCACGGGGGGGCCCCUGGGGGGCCCCCAGGGGGGCCCCCUGGGGGCCCCCAUCUGAGUGGGUCUUCGGUUGGUACGAUGGAGGGUACAGCAGGUGAAGGGGGCCCCCCAGUAUUCUCGGAGUCGGAGGGGCCCCUGGGGGCCCCUAUGAUGGGGGCCCGUGGGGGCCCCCCUAUGGGGGCCCCUGUUGGGGCCCCCCGUGGCUUCUCAUACCCCCCAACCCCUCCUGAAGGGUCUUCUAAUGGGGGCCCCCGGUGCUGCAGCAGUGAGCAGGGGCCCCCUAAUUUGUCUUCUCUUAUACCUUUUGAGCAGCUGCACUUUGUGCGCUGGUUGGGGGGCCGCCGUACAAAUGUUUUCUAUGGGUUUUGGCUGGGUAAGGAAGUAGCAAUAAAAGUAUUUAAGAAGCAGCACUUCUUUUAUCAUAUGCCUACAAGUGCUGCAGCGCCUGCUGCAGCAGCAGCAGCAGCAGCUGCUGCUGCUGCUGCUGCUGCUGCCGGGCCCCCGUGGAAUGAAGGGCCCCUUACGUUCGCUUCACUUAGAGGGGCCCCCUCAACAUGUACAACAGAUGGGGGGCCCCCAAGAGGAGGCGCAACAAACGAAGUUGAGGGGAGGCUUCUUGAGGUCCUGUGCAGCAACACCGAUUUGCUGCUGCAGCAGCUGCUGCAGCUGCAGCAGCUCAGACAUCCUAACCUCGUAAUGCUUUUAGGGGUCUCUCUCUCACACUCUUUUCAUGUUUGUCUUGUUAUGGAGUACCUUCCAAAGGGGCCCCUGGGGGCCCACCUGUCUCCUUCUCCUCCGCCUAUAUUAGUACCCCCCAGGAGGCCCCCCUGGGGGCCCCUGCUCGUUCCCCAGCAGCAGCAGCAGCAGCAGCAGCAGCAGCAGCAGCAACAGCAGCAGCAGCAGCAGCAGCAGUCUUCUUUCUGCUCCUCUCCCUCGGAGGGCCCCCAUAACAACUCUUCCCCUCAGGAAGGAGACACAUGUCUCUCUACUGGGGCCUCUUGCGCUGAUGAAGCUUCAAAGGGCCCCUUAACCAGUGCCUCCAGGUCUCUUGCAGGGGCCCCCGAGGGCCCAGGGGCCCCCGGGGGGCCCCCCUCUUCAGGGGGGCCCCCUUCCCCCUCCAGUGUAUGUCCUCCUAACUAUAAGACAGGGCCUCUAGAGAGACGCCUCAUGCAGGGGGCCCCCAGUUAUUCUUCUUCUCCAGCAGAAAAGGAGACAGGAGACAGCAGCUCAAUUCAAGGGGGCCCCCCUUCUGGGGGGCCCCCCUCAAUGGGGGCCCCCCAACUUCUCUGGGGUGGCGUACAGGGGGCCCUCUCUUUGAAUGAGCAGGGGGCCCCCCCCCUCCCUCCAGCUUGCUGCGUAGUACCCGUAGCAUUAGCAGGGGCCCUAAAUAAGUUGCAUUCAAAAGCAUUAAAUAGAGGCGCAGGGAUAGGGGGCCCCCAUAGGGGGGUUGGGGGCCCCUGGGGCAGAAAGGGGUCCUCUUCUAAGGCCCCCAGCUCAAGGAAAACCAGCAAAGGGGGGCCCUCAGGGGGGCCCUCAGGGGGGCCCCUUGGGGGCCCCCAAGGGGGCCCCCCCACAGCAGCAUCUGGGGGCCCCCCCACAGCAGCGUCUGCGGGCCCCCCCACAGCAACGUCUGGGGGGCCCCCUACAGCUACAUCGGGGGGGCCCCCCACAGCAACAUCUGGGGGGCCCCCAUCUCCUCGGUACUCUUCCUCCCUGCGAGACCGCAGCAGCAAGGAGGGGCCCCAGGGUGAUGAGUGGAUGGUGGCGUCGGGGGGCUCCUCACCCCACGCCUCACAGCAGCAGCAGCAGCAGCAGCAGCAGCAACAGCAACAGCAGCA